UUUAAAACGAGGAAGUGAAACCAAAAUAUGAGCCGCCAGCAGAGGAGGUGUGAGGUUUGCAGUCGGCCAGUUUGUUACCUGUCUGCGUGCAUGGCAGCCGAGAAGAGACUGCACGGUUUCCCCUCCUGAUUCAGUACGUACCAACAGUUGCUUCUGUCCACAGUCGGCCGCGGCUGCCUCGGAGGGAGAAACGUUACAGCGGCGGAUUUAUUUCUGAUGUGGUCAAGCCAGAGAAAACUAUCCACGACUACGACUGGCUUGUUAAUUGGUUUUUCAACAACUGUCUUAAGACGCGUUGCACAAUAUCUGGGACAUCUGGACGUUAAGAUGUUUCGCGCAGAAUAGAGGACUUUGGGAGACGAACGUCGCCACUGGACAGUGACAGGACCUCAGAAAGCACACCGCGAGGGAUAUACUGCAGUUAGUAGAGUAAAAUAAAACAAACAAUUGCGCAGUUGCACACAAACUCAUGUUUAAUAAUAAUGGUAAUUAUUUAAUAAUUUAUUAAAUUAGACCGAUGUGUUCACACCAGUGAAAAAGAGAAAGAAACCACAAGUUGCUUUACUUGAACGCAAUCUCAAAGAAACUACACACCGGAAGUACUAGGUGUUGUGGUGUCUAGCUUCACUAAGGUCAUGUUCAUCGGAUUGUCUGUGUGUGCCGGAGCUGUGCGGAUCUUCAUCUUCUUAACUAAAUAAUAAUGGAGCUCGUGCAACGUCCCUGCAGCACACGCGCCGCGUCUCUCCGUGUUAGCCCACCUUUUGCAUCCGGCAGGUAGCCACCGGGCGGGUGGUGGCUCAGCGGCAUGCGGUCUGAUGUGGAGUACAGCCCGGUGGGAGAGGGGCCGAGUCCGCGGGACUUCUGGCUGUACGUGUGGCUGCGGAGGGCGGCGGUGAUAGCGGCUCAUGUCACCGGCCUGGGCCUGACCCUCAUCAUCUCCGUGCUGUCCAGACCCGGAACCAGUCUGUUUUCUUGGCAUCCAAUGUGCAUGUCGGUUGCAUACUGCCUGUGUAUGACUGAAGGCAUCCUUCUCUUCUCGGCUGAAGGAUCUCCUUUCUGCUUCAAAUCUCGGCAGGGUAAAGUUCGUCUCCACUGGUUCUGUCAGGCUCUGGUCCUGAUAGCUGCGGCCACUGGGCUCGGCUUCAUGGUGGCCAGCAAGAAUGUGUCCGAGCUCCCCCACCUCGUCACCUGGCACAGUUUGCUUGGCGUUUGCACCCUGGCUGCCACCGUGCUUCAAGCGGCUUGCGGUAUCUGUGCGGUCUUCCCUAAGCUACUGCGUCCCUCCUCCUCCCCACCGAGGCUGAAGCUGUACCACGCCACCUGCGGUCUGGUGGUCUACCUGUUGGCCACAGUGACCGUGGUGUCUGCCAUGUUUUCCGAUUGGUUUCAGGCUACGGUGAAAGGGUUGGCGUGGUGGGCCUUCCUCCUGCUGCCCAUCUUCCCUGCCCUGGUGGUGAUGAACCAGAUCACUAAUGCCUACCUGACUCGGAAGAAGGUCACCAGCUAGGAAGCAUAUAGCAUAAGGCAGACUCGCUUUAUCAACUCAGUGGCCAUAUUGGAUUUAUUUUGUUCUCACAGGCCCAGAGAAUCCGGUGGAAGCAAGAGUCUUCCGCUAAAGCAGCAUUUGAAGAUAAAAGGGAGAGAGACCGACACAAUAUCUACACAGAAAAGCAAAGUUUAAAGCCUGGAAUUUAGUUUUACUGCUUUCCAAGAUCUCUGUCAGUUACAGGAGCCAGAAAAUUCCAAAGGGGCAGAGCCCAGGUGAAGACGAGAUUAGAUAUGCAAUUUGCAUUUGCGCUCACUAAUGAUCCUUUUCUACCCUCAAAUUAUUUAUUUGUGCUCUCCACUUUCUCCACUUAAAUGUGUGAAGUCAUUGUGGCAGAAGGAACUGAAGCUACAGUUUGUUGUAUCUAGUGCAAAAAUGUUAGCGGCAGGCUAGCAGCUUUAUUUUAGUGUGGGGGAGUUAUCUGAUUUAUUCUGCCUAGAGUAAUGAAAGAAGUAAUAAUACACAUGUUGGGCAUACGUUAUUAAUUGUAUUGUGUGCACAUAUUUUAAAAAAAUGUUACCCCUGAUAGCUCCUGCACACUUCAAUACAGAACUGCAGCUUAAAGUAACAUAGGAGAAACCAAGAGACGGCUAGAUUUUUAAAGUAUCCAACUGGAAAAAUCCAAACCCCCUCCCAUCAGGACUCCCUCCAAAACCACUCCCACAAAACACAUUUUAAUUCUCAAUGUAUACACGCAGAGUGUGUGCAGGUAGACGGACAGGUAAGCAGGCCAAUCAUUUCAUUCGAACGAAAUGAUUGGAUGUGCUACUGUGUAUAUAUGUUUCUUUUUUUUUAAAAAACAUUUGACCAUGUGAUGAGAAUUUCAACAGAUAUAACAACAAAUGCUUUUUAAGUAAAUUGCUGACUCCAGCUUUAAAGCACUCUGACAUCUGUGGCUCCUAACAUAAAGGAAUUUUCAACAACACUAUAUGGUUUGGCUUGCCAAAUGUAAACACACAUGAAAGACAGGACAGCAGGGUACGGCUAUCCUGACAAACCACUAGAGAGAAUCCCAUCAUGCACUCUGUGCCUCUCUCGAGGAAUAUUUCUGUUACAAAUGCAGCGAAAGUGCAUGUACACUGGUUUCUGCAGGGAUAUGAAGCAGCUACUACUUGUCGUGUGAUGACACAGCUUCAGCAAUGGAAGUGUUGCGGAUGACGACAUACCCGCCCGUAAAUUCUAUUUAUUUAUCCAUUUGUGAUGUUUGUGUUGUGUUUCACAAAGCUUUACGAAGCUUCUUUUAGCUUGUUGUUUGGUUGUCUGGUACAUCUACUCUUUAGUCUCACACCUAUAAUCAACCCAAGCAGAAAAUCUCUGAUAAACCCACUGUACACCACACGCGCUGCACCAAACAGCAGCCAGACAUUUUGCUCAGCGCUCGGUGGACACCAGAGCUUAAAGGAGUAAUGUUGGACUACUACUUGUCAGGUGAACACUACUCCUAAAUGAAUGCUAACGUGAAAGCAUUGUCACUGCUGUCAGGGACUGGUUAGGUUACAAGAAUGACAGCAUUGAAGAGUGACACAUGUAACCUGAUUUAUGAGCUACUGUUCACUUUUGUCACGGGGCUCCUUUCUGUCUUCUAAGCACUUCCUUGCUAGUCAUGCUCUUUGUGCUCUAUUUGCUUUUACAAUCACAAGGGAAAAAGAACACGCACCAAAGGCACAAGCUUCCUCCCAGCAAAGAUGCCAUGGUCAGUCCCAACAGAAGAAGGCAAAUGAAACCGCUCCAAUCAUGCUUGAGCUUUACGUUCUGUCCAGUCCACUCAAGACCUCUGCAAAACAGUCAGUUCAGCAAUGCUAUUACGAGCCAAGGUAAAAAAAACAACAAAAAAAAACAAAUCAAUACCAUGUCUCAAUAAACCAGCUUCCUUAUAAAGGAAUAUCAAGGGCUUUGGUUCUUCUGGAGUUGUCUUCCUAGGCAGACAGGAUGACAGUCUGCAGUAUAUUGCCCCAAACAAGUACCACCAAUUCAAAUCUCAUCAAACUAUGUAAUUUUUACCUACGUAUCUUCAGCCAUUUUAGACCAUCAGAGUAAUUGUGUGAUACUGUGCACAAAGCUUGUUGGGAAGGCUACACCGCAUAGGAGCAAAUACUGCCCGACAGGCUGAAUUUAGGGCAAAUAAAAGUCUGUCGGAGCUGGCGCAAACAGGUUGCUUUGUAGUUUUCCAGAAAAGCAGCAGGUUCUGUUUUUUUCAGGCCACAAUAAUCAGGCCGACGGCUCCCUGAGACCUGCGCGAUGGAUGAAUGUGGAGUAUUUUUAAAUGGUGUGAGAGAACCUGAUGCACAAAGACCUACUGGAUGUACAUGUACUGAUCCUCCAGCACCUUGCCUCAAUCUCUUUGUCUUAUUCGCUACUAGGAGGCUUAUGCAAAUACAACAU